AUGGCGCGUCUCAAGCUCCUGCUCUUUCAGGCCAGCAGAGAUUUCCUGGAGGGCGAGCAGAAAGGGGUGAGCGCCUGUCUGGGCACGAUGGAAGAGAGGAGUUACGAGCACUUCGGCCUCUUGAACCAACUGCGGGCCGCCGGCUUCACCUGUCCUGGCGGCAACUCGUAUGCCCCAAAUGAUGUCCCUCUCAAGUUUGACUGCCGCUUGUGGGCCGCAGCGCAGCUCCACUCUCAGGACAUGGCAGACAAUGGGUACUUCUCCCACACGAGCCAAGAUGGUAGAAGCCCAUGGGACAGAGCUGAAGCUCAGGGCAUCAGAGCCAACGGUGAAAAUAUUGCUGCGGGGCGCAGCGGUGCUGAAGCUGUCUUGGAACAAUGGAAGAACUCUGAUGGGCAUUGCAAGAACAUGAUGAAUCCGGGCUUUCGCGUCUUUGCGGUAGGCUAUGCCUACAACUCCGGUUCAAGAUACAGGCACUACUGGACCCAAAUGUUCAAGAGCUCGGAUGUGUCCGAUCUCGAUACUUCGUGCUACAUACCUGAAGCUACUACGAGCACCACUACCACCACCAUAAUCACUACGACCACCACCACCACCACCACCACCACCACUACUACCACGACCACCACCAGCACCACUGUCAGCACAGCGGCCACAAGCGCCAAUGCGACUGAUAGCAACACGACGAGCAUCGCAGCCCUUGCGCCGACAACGAACAGCACAACGUUCAACGGCACAGGCGAGGCACAUACGUCGACCACACUUGCCACAGAGUCGACGACUGCGCCAAACCCAAGCACUAGCGUCACUUCCUCGAUGGCCGCAGACCAGGUCGAGACGACGUCAGGCUCGGAGCAGAGCACCGCCACCUUCGAAACUCCACCCGGGCUUCUGAAGGGUCAGAUCGUCGUGCGAACCUCCCACCCCGGUGGCUUCUUCGCAUCGGAAGAGCUGCAGGAGCUUGUGAGAGCCUUUCUCGAGCGCCUGGGCGACGGAUUGCUGCAGGCGAUCUCCUUCUCGCCGGCUGCGGCGCGGCGCCGUCUGCGGCGCCUCGAGGAGAGCACGGCGACCGACGCGGUCACCGUCUCCUUCACUGCAGAGGUCCCUGCUGGGCGCGGCGAGGAGGCGGCGGCCAAGCUCCAGGCGCCUCCCGAGGUCCUGGAAGCAGCCCUGGAGGCGGCUGCGGCAGAGGCAGAGGUGUCUGCAGACACGAUCGAGGUCCGGUCCGUGAUCGUGACGGAGAUCCUUGAAUUGGAAACCGAGGGGUCACAGCCCCCGCCAGUUGCGGCAGAUGGGACCUGGCUCGUGAUUCUCGCAAUAUUGCUUUCAGGGGCCCUGCUGAUCGCAGCAGCCGUCCUGGGUACAUGGUACUUCUUCAAGCGUGGAAGAAACAAGAAAUAUGCCGGAGGCCAAGGGGCUACAGAUCCGCCGGACCAGGCACCGCCGACGAGCCUUCCGGACUUGUCAGGACCAAACGUUCACAAAUCGCGGUCCAGCAACAGCAACAUGAUUACCUCCCACCUCUGA